AUGCCUUUUUCAGCUCCCUGUCAACUGUGUACAAAGAAGUUUAAAACAGGUGUUUCACUGAAAAAACAUUUCGGAUUGAAACACCAGGAAAGGAAUCUCGAGAUCGCGCAAUUUUUGGACAAAUCAAACAGUCCAUGUGAACAGCCAAAAGCAGCAGCACUUAUUGACGAAGAAAUGGAAGAUUAUCUCAAAUGGCUUGGGGUUCUUGUGGAGCGAAUCAACGGAUCACUGGUACCGGAUCACCCAGGUAAAUGCUCUAACCCGCAAUGUGUUCUUUAUUUUGGUGUGCUUGGACUUACACACUUACUUACACCUAACUUUAUUUUCAUCGAAAGGAAAACGGUGCCAUGUUGAUUGCCUUCAAGUGCCACAGAAGUAUUUCGCUCAUUUAUUCUGUCGUUUGGGAAACCCUAUGGUAGACAGCGUACGCGAUGUUCCCCAUAUCCGUCAGCCGAUUUUCAAGAGAAUAGCGGCGCUUUUCAUAUAA